AAACUAGUGUAUUUAUACAAUAUUGUUUAACCCUUACAAAACAUAAUCAUUACAAGCUUUAAAUUCAAAAGAAUGUUCUAUGCACAUCAAUAAUUACAGAGCGAUUGGGAAAUACACAACUGCAGUGUUUUCCUUCAAACACAAGGUGGUGCCAUUGCUCAAAGCAGUAGAAAUCAGAGCUAGAUACUUUGCCAGAAAGGUCUCACCAUUAGUAAAAGGAAUCUCGAAGAAAAAGCCAGCAGAACGUCACACCGCUGCAUCUAUUAAUGAAAGAAGUUUAUCAAAGGAAAAGGUUUCAAAUUGGGGAUUAUAACUGAUGAAACAGAAACUACAGUGACUGCUUUACCAAGUUUCAAAUCUGUCUUGGGAGAGGCUACAAAAAUGGAAAUAUGCCAUCAUAACAGGCAAGUUUGUUUGUUUUGUAUAUAUCUAUGUAGUUGUUGGGUGGUUUGUAAACCUUUCCACUAUUCAGUGCCAGAGGAAAAGAAAAGUGGGUCUCUUGUAGCUAAUGUGCUAAAAGAUUUGAAAGUGGAUGUAAAGGAGCUGUCGGCUAGAAAAGCCCGGCUGGUGUCUAAGAGCUCCAAGCAGUAUUUCCAGCUGGACCCUCAUUCUGGGAAUGUGAUAUUAAAGGAUAAAAUAGACCGAGAAGCUCUGUGUGGUCAGAAUGACCCUUGUGUUUUAGUCUCAGAGAUUGUGCUGGAAAAUCCAUGGCAGCUACUCAAAAUUGAAAUUCAAAUAGAGGAUGUGAAUGAUAAUUCUCCCAAAUUCUCUAAAAAUCAAUUCAUUUUUGAAAUACCAGAGCAAACUCCCAGAGAUACCCGAAUUCCUUUGGAAAGAGCUCAAGAUUCAGACAAAGGAGAAAAUGCUGUUCAAAAUUACACACUUAGUCCUAAUGAACAUUUUAGGCUGGAUGUGCAAAGUCACAUUGAUGGCAGCAAAUAUGCAGAAUUGAUACUGGAGAAAACAUUAGACCGUGAGUUGAAACCAGAGAUUUCCCUAAUUCUGUCAGCUGUGGAUGGAGGGAUACCACAAAGAAGUGGAAGUACAAAGAUUAUUGUUGAAGUUCUAGAUAUCAAUGAUAAUGUUCCCCAGUUUAAUAAAUCUGUAUACAAAGUGAAAUUGAUAGAAAACAGUCCUUUGGAUAGAACGGUCACUAAAGUUGAAGCCAGUGAUAGAGAUAUUGGCACCAAUGCUCAUAUCACUUACUCCUUUGGUCAAGUGGCUGAAAAUGUGCUCAGAUCAUUCAAAAUAAAUAAACAUACCGGGGAGCUUACUUUGGCAGAUAAUAUUGAUUACGAAGAAAACAGUCAUUAUGAGCUGAACAUCAGAGCCACAGAUGGAGGAGGGCUCUCUGCUUACUGCAAGGUCAUUGUGGAGGUUGAGGAUGAGAAUGACAAUGUCCCAGAGGUGACUGUAACUUCCACCACCAGUCCUUUACCAGAAGACUCUCCCACAGAGACCGUGGUGGCCCUCUUCAGUGUCACAGACCAAGACUCUGGAGACAAUGGCAGAACUGCCUGCACUACUGAGACAAAGCUGCCCUUUGGGCUAAAAGCCAUUGGGAACAAUUAUUACCAGCUUGUGACCCAAAGGCCACUGGACAGAGAACAAGUCUCUGAGUACAACGUCACCAUCACCGCCACUGACCGAGGCUCCCCCAGGCUCACGUCGGUGAGAAUGAUUAACAUUGAGAUCUCAGAUAUCAAUGACAACCCUCCGGUGUUUGAAACAUCCCAGUACGAAUUGCAGUUACGAGAAAACAAUAUUCCAGGUCUACUAAUUGGUUCAGUCUGUGCCUUUGACCUGGACACGGAGCAGAAUGCCAAAGUGACCUACUCUCUUUCGCCUGGGAAGAUCAGAGAUGGCCCUGCAUCUUCUUACAUCUCCAUCAACUCUGAAACAGGGAACCUGUAUGCCAUUCGAUCAAUAGAUUAUGAGGACAUAAAAGACUUCCGUGUGUUGGUGAGGGCUAUGGAUAAAGGGUCCCUUCCACUGAGCUCAGAGGUUAUUGUCCACGUUCAUAUUGUGGAUGAAAAUGACAAUGCCCCCUUCAUCCUCUACCCUCUUCAGAAUAGCACCUCCUUGUCAAGUGACCUGGUCCCCCGCGGAGCAGAUGCCGGCUACCUGGUCACCAAGGUAGUGGCAGCAGACCGAGAUUCUGGUCAGAACUCUUGGCUUUCCUAUCAACUGCUGAAGGCCACAGAUCCUGGUCUGUUCACUGUGGGGGCCCAAAAUGGAGAAGUGAGAACCAUGAGGCCCAUCAGUAAUCGAGACAGCUUCAAGCAGAAUCUUAUUGUGAUGGUCAGAGAUAAUGGACAUCCUCCCAAGUCCACCUCUGCAACGCUAAGAAUUCUUCUGGUGGACGGUUUCUCUGACCCGUAUAUGAAAAUGAUGGAUGUCCCUAAGGAUGAAGUAGUAGAGGAAGAAGACCGUACCCUGACUACGUAUUUGAUCAUAUGCUUGGCAGCCAUCUCAUCUGUUUUUCUCCUUUCUGUAAUGGUGUUUGCUGCAGUCAAGAUUCAGAAACACAGGAACUUCUUAGGGACCCAUAACUCUGCAUGUACGUUCCCUGUGGGACCGAACUCCCAGGAGAACUAUGCAGAUUCUGGUACUGGAUCUCUUUCCCAGGCCUACAACUAUGAGGUGUGCUUAGCUGGCGGGUCUCUGAAUAGUGAGUUCCGGUUUCUCAGGCCUCUAUUUCCUGUUUUUUCUGUGGAGCCUCCUAACACUCAGGUGAAUCCAAGGAAUUCAGAUGGUUCCCAAGGACUACUUAGUCGUGCUGAAGAAAGUAAACUCAUGAGGCAGGUGAGAAAUUGUUUUGAAUACUUUUCAUGUAGUUUUAAAUUCAAGAUGCCGAAGGUUUGA